UGUCAAGCUGAGCUGACUUCCGGCAGUUGUGUCAUAAACAGUGAUUCACCAUCGAGACUCGGUCGUGUUUUUCUGCGUAUUUUCACGGAUUUACCCAAGAAGUAAACUAUAGACUCUACAACUAAUUUAAUAAUGCCAACUGUUGUUAAUAGUAUUUAUUCUCAGUAUACUUUUUAGACAAUGGUUUGUCCAGAAUGAUGUUACUCCACGGAGGAUCGGUCUCCAGUCUUGACCGAAUUUCAGUUUGGACUCACACUUGUCAAAAAUAUUUAUUCCCAGCAAAUAAUUACAACUGAUUCAUUUGGUGGAGAGAAAAAAACAAAGUUGUCGUAUUUAUAUAAUAAUUUAUUUAAAUCCACGUUGAAGUUGAAAUUAAGCGAUUCCUGUCUGAAUUGUUCAACGAUAAAAAGUUGAUCGUCCGAGUGGGAUGCUUGCUUUGCUCCGUCGUCAGUUGACCAACAUGCAUGGACAAUUCCGAAGUAGUGUUUGGGAUCCAGUGUUAAUAAUUGCACAGAUAAUCACCAUGCAGUGUAUCUUUUAUACAUCGGCUGGAUUCUGGCUUUAUCUCACCAGUUACAUCACAAACUUCGACAGACACAUCAGCCAGUUUUUUACGCAUUCUGAUUUGGAUUUUGGGGAAGAUAGCGGUCGAAUAAACGCAAUUGGGUUUGCUAUCAAUUCUUUGUGUUGUGCUUUCGGAUUAUGGAUUGUCGUUCAAAAAACUAAACAAUGCCUGGACUAUGCUGCAACCGUACAUAUAAUCCACUUCUUCUGUUGCUGGAUUUAUAAUGCUCGGUUUCCACAGAACUUCUAUUGGUGGUUAACCAAUAUCAUAUCACUCAUUCUAAUGACUGUGUCUGGAGAAUUUUUAUGCAUGAGAUCAGAAAUGAAAGCCAUUCCAGUUUCACUUGCGCCCAAAGCUGACCUCUAAUCCAUUCCAAACCAAUUCCUUUGGACUUUUUUCUCUGUACCAAUACAGUUAAGGAUGAUAUUCCAAUUGUGUUCCAUUUUUCUUUGCAUUGGUAUCAGUUCUUAGUGUUGAUUCUUUGCCUCUGUAAGAAAUGUACAAAACCCAUUUGGGUGCAAAACAACAGGGAAAAAAACAACAAACUUGCUUGCGUGAUAAUCCUAUACUUACUACGACCACCUACCAUUACCUGUCAUAUGUCAUUAGUUGUCACAUACUAAUUAACUGACUUG